AUGGAAGUGUCAGAUUACAUCUCCAGUGCUAAAACGUUUGCUGAAAAAGCAGCCAAACUUUCACAAAAAGUGUCCAUGGGAUUAGUAGAGAACGCGAAAGAGUUUGGGUUUCCUGGUGGCGACUCGAGUGCUCAAUAUUUUGAUACGUCAGAAGAAAAGUUGCGUAACAUUAAGAGGCAGUUAGAUUCCAAAAACGAUCGAGAAAAGUUAGAUGGCCUGAAAAGACUCAUCGCUAUGAUUUCGAAAGGAAGGGAUGUAUCUGAAUUCUUCCCUGACGUGGUUAAGAAUGUAGUAUCGCAGAAUAUCGAAAUCCGUAAACUAGUAUAUAUCUUCUUAUUACGAUAUGCAGAACAGGAACCGGAUCUAGCAUUGCUAUCUAUCAACUCUUUUCAGAAAGACCUCAGUGACAAGAAUCAAAUUAUUCGUGCUAUGGCUUUACGAGUCAUGAGUGGUAUUCGUGUUCCUGUUAUCAGCCCUAUUGUUCUACUUGGCAUCAAGAAGUGCGUGACAGAUCCAAGUCCUUAUGUACGAAAAACAGCUGCUCACGCUAUUCCCAAAUGUUACAGUCUUGAUGACAGUCAGAAAGAGGCUUUGAUUGAGGUUAUUGCUACAUUGUUGAAGGAUAGAUCCAGUAUUGUAAUAGGCAGUACAAUUAUGGCGUUCAAUGAAGUUUGUCCAAACCGUUUUGAUUUGAUCCAUCCUUGUUAUCGAAAAUUAUGCUCUAUGUUAGGUGAUUGUGAUGAAUGGGGGCAAAUGUCAAUUUUGGGUGUUUUGUUACGAUAUGGCCGAAGUCAAUUUUUAAACCCCAACCCUAAUGGUGAGGAUGUAUCUCGUUCUGCGCCGAAGCAAAAAACAACCAACAGCAGUAAUAAUUACAAAUCAUUUUAUUCGAGUAGUUCAUCAGAAGAGGAUGAUGAAGAUGGACAAAAGGUAGACGAUAUAAUCGAUUUGGACCCAGACCAUGAAUUACUGUUGAAAAGUUGCACACCCUUGCUACAAAGCCGAAACAGUGGAGUUGUGCUUGCAGUAGCAAAACUAUUCUAUUAUUUAGCACCUGCAAUCGAUGCUCUAAAGAUAGAAAAACCACUUGUGAGAUUGUUAAGAACACAUCGUGAAUUAGCCUAUGUAGUUUUGACAAAUAUUGCAACAAUGGCAUUGAAGAGACCAUAUUUGUUCGAAUCCUCACUUCAACACUUUUUUACUCAAUCAAAUGAACCUGUGUUUAUUCGUGAUACCAAAUUGGAUAUUUUGACUACAAUUGCAACAAAAGAUAAUAUACACACAUUACUGCAAGAACUACAGCAAUAUAUCAAGAGUCCCAACAAAGAUUUUGUAGCUGCAACUAUUCAGGCCAUUGGGCGGUGCGCUUCUACGGUACCUACUGCCGCAGAUCAAUGUCUCCGUUUACUUUUGAAAUUGCUACAUAGCAAGAAUGAACUUGUCGUUGCAGAAUCAGUUUUAGUUCUGACAAGAUUGUUGCACACUCCUUUAGAAUCGCGACAGAAACCGGUCAUUGCACUUAUGAAAUUGUUGGACACGGUGAAAGCGCCGAAGGCAAGGGCAAAUAUAUAUUGGUUAAUGGGACAAUAUGCUGAAAUGCUACCCAAGGUUGGACCUGAUGUUAUACGUCAAGCUGCUAAAAACUUUGUCCAAGAGGAAAAUGUUACCAAAUUACAAAUUCUAACUCUAUCAGUAAAAUUGGUUUGCUUAAAUCCCACCCACACUAUUCUCAACCGCAUCAACCAAUAUUUACUUAAUUUAGCGAGAUACGAUACGGAUUACGAUGUUAGAGAUCGAGCUCGAUUCUUACGUGCUUUGACGAUACCCGAAAACAGCAAUAAUCAGUUGUCUGAUGGGCUUUUACAAAUCCGGCAAAAUCUAAAAAAGAUUCUACUCUCGCCUUAUAAGACAACUGUCAGCACUGAAGCUACACCCUUAUUUGACGCUGCAGCAGCCUCAGAAUACACCAUUGGAUCCCUUUCGUUAUUAGCUAACCAACCCUUGCCUGGUUAUGAACCGAUACCCGAUUUCCCCGAGGGCGAACAGCCUGAUUCCACUGUACGUGAUGUGGAAGAAUUAGAGGGCUGGAGUGGUAGUAGAACAACAGUGGUGGAAUCGGGAUUCGGCAGUGAUAAUUAUCGUGAUAGCAGAGGCCGUUAUCCAUCCACUGCCUUAUCCGGUGUAGAAGCAAUGGGAAGUUCGUCUCUUUAUUCGCCUUCGAUGUAUAAAAAGGGCAAGAAUAAUGAUUAUGAUCUGGAUGCAUUCUACGACGAAAGUAGCGAUGAGGAUGCCGAGGAAGUAGCAUCAACUGAGGAAGAAAGUGACGAAGAUGAAACAACGACAGACGAAGACGUGUCUGAAGAAGAAGAGGAGGAGGAGGAAGAGGGGAGCAGCGAAGAAGAAUAUACCAGUAACAGUGAUGAAGAAGAGUCAUCUGAAUCAGAUGGUUCACAACGCUAUUCAGUGUCUAAAAGGAAGUAA